CCUAUAACAAAAAUUUGCACACAAUUUGAUGUUAAUGGUGCCCGGUUUUUCUUCCAUCUACUCCAAUUUAGGAGCUUCCAAGGUAGCCUUUACUGAAUAAAUUUAGAAAACUAAAUUUGAACAUAACUUGUUAUAAACUUCUAGAGCUAAAUUAGCUUCGAGAGGCUCACUUAACAUGCAAAUUUAUGUAUAAUCUAGGCAAAACUGAAUUUGGAUUCAAUCAAUCUCUUCUGUAUAUAGGCAGGUCAAGUCUCUACCAAGUACAGAAAGUGCCUAAGUAAACAAUUGUCCUUUCUGGUCAUGGCAAACUACCUUUUCAGUCUGGUAGCAUACAGAAACAAAAGCCUACAGAAAGGCUUUUUGUCUGCCGGACUAGAGCCCAAAGUGUUAGAUAUUGAUCAUGAAACAACCAUGCAUUGUUGGUGUCCCAAAAAACAGGAGACCCACAAGCCCAAUUUGGUUCUAAUUCAUGGGUUCGGGACCAAUGCAAUGUGGCAAUGGCACCCACAGGUACAGCCUUUAGGGAAGAGCUUCAAUGUCUAUGUUCCUGAUUUGGUCUUCUUUGGGGACUCAACCACCAGGGGCUCUGGAAGGUCUGAGGUUUUUCAGGCAGAAUCAAUUAUGAAACUGAUGAAGAACUUGGGUGUCACCAAGUUUAGUGUUAUGGGGACUAGUUAUGGUGGGUUUGUGGCCUACAAUCUGGGUUGUAUGUAUCCCGAGGCUGUGGAGAAAUUGGUAAUUGCAAGUUCAGGUGUAUGUAACAAUGCCAAAGACAAUGAAGAGCUCCUACAGCGUGCAAGGCUGCAGAAAGUUUCAGAGCUUCUUCUUCCUCAGAGUGCUGACAACCUGAGGAUUUUGAUGAAGCUUUCUCUCUACAAGCCCCCUUCCCUGGUUCCCAAUUUUCUCUUGAAUGAUUACAUUAAAAAUCUCUAUGUGAAAAAUAGAGCAGAGAAAGAAGAGCUGCUGAAAGGUCUUAUCCUUGGCAGUGAACUUGCCCCACCUCUUCCUGUUCUUGAGAAGGACAUUUUGAUUGCGUGGGGAGAGCAUGAUCAGAUAUUUCCACUGAAUAAGGCCUUUGAAUUGAAAAAGCAUCUUGGAGAUCAUGCAGAGUUGGUGGUGAUGAAAAAUGCAUCACACAUUCCCCACAUUGAGAACCCACAAGAGUUCAAUAAAAUUGUGGAGAAUUUCCUUUUGCACAAUUAGUCAUUUUUUCGUGCACCAGACUUUAUUAUUAUGAUGUCUUUGUAGUUUCCAUUUUCAUAUAUCAAUAAUAAUGAACUUUUUCGUAUAUUUCAA